AUGGGGAGCAACGAAAUGAAGUGGCGCUCAGGCAAAUACAUUUACUUCCCCGCCCACAAUCAUGGCGAUUUAUCCGCCUACGGUUACGCCACUGGACGUGUAUCGACGCCAUCGGUGUCGGCCCCAUAUGCAGCGCAACUAGCUCCCAUUUACCAAAGCACUCCUACAAAUGGUGUUCAAGUUGUUGCCGCCAAAGCUGCGUCACCCGUUGGUACCGCGUUGUCCACGGCUGGCCCAGGAUUCACGGCACAACUUGCUGGAGCUACGGCAGCCACCGGAAUUGAUCCUUAUCAACAAGCUAUGCAGCAAUACACGCGUGAGUGA